GAGCGAAACAAAGCCGUGAGCAAGAGGCGGCGUGUGCACUGCACACAUGGGCCGGGGCGAGGCAGUAGAGGCACCCAAUGCGCGGCUCCCAUCCCUGCCGCUCAUGCAGACCCGGGGGCGGUGCCGGACACGCUUGGAAGAGCCAGGGGGAGUGGCCUUCCUGAGCAGCUCCAGCUCGGAAGGAAGUGACAGCAGCAGCGUCGAGGACAUUUGGUGGCGCGCGCAACGGCGCGCGAAGAUACCGGCGGUACGCACGCGCCGACCGGCUCGCCCGCGCCCAGCGCAAGCGCAGGGGACCUCCUUAGAGCGCACGCGCGGGGGGCUGGGGGGGCUGCCGUCUCUGGCCGCCAUGGAGAGGAAAGUUCUAGCAUUGCAAGCUCGGAAGAAGCGGACCAAAGCUAAGAAGGAAAAAGCCCAGAGGAAACCUGAAACUCAACAUCGAGGCCCUGCUUCCCAUUCAGAGAAUGACCUCCCUGAACAAGAAGAAGAAAUCCUGGGAUCAGAUGAUGAUGAGCAGGAAGAUCCCAAUGAUUACUGCAAAGGGGGCUACCAUCUUGUAAAAAUAGGAGAUCUUUUCAAUGGAAGAUACCAUGUGAUCCGGAAGCUGGGAUGGGGACACUUUUCUACAGUGUGGUUGUCUUGGGACAUCCAGGGGAAGAGGUUUGUGGCAAUGAAGGUUGUAAAAAGUGCUGAACACUAUACAGAAACAGCACUGGAUGAAAUCAAGCUGCUGAAAUCUGUCCGGAACACUGACCCAGAUGACCCAAACAGAGAGAGGGUGGUUCAGCUAUUAGAUGAUUUCAAAAUCUCAGGGGUCAAUGGUUCCCAUAUUUGUAUGGUGUUUGAGGUUUUAGGGCAUCAUCUCCUGAAAUGGAUCAUCAAAUCAAAUUAUCAGGGGCUUCCACUGCUCUGUGUAAAAAGAAUCAUUCAUCAGGUUUUGCAGGGACUGGACUAUUUACACACAAAGUGUAGGAUUAUCCAUACUGAUAUUAAACCAGAAAACAUCUUGCUGUGUGUCAAUGACCAGUACAUCCGCAGGCUGGCUGCAGAAGCAACAGAGUGGCAGAGAUCUGGAGCCCCCCCUCCUUCUGGAUCUGCAGUGAGUACUGCACCACAGCCCAAACCAGCUGACAAAAUGUCCAAAAAUAAAAAAAAGAAAUUGAAAAAAAAACAGAAACGACAAGCAGAACUGCUGGAGAAACGCAUCCAAGAAAUCGAGGAAAUGGAGAAGGAAGCAAGCCCUCUGCAAGUGCAAUCUGAAGAGCGGCAAGAGAUUCCAAGACCCCUUCAGUUACUCUUAAAAGAGAGCCCCCCAGAUGAAGGGCCGCCAGGAAAGACAGAUGCUAUCUCACUUGUACCCAAGCAAACUAUCUUAAUAGAGGGAGUUGUUGAAAAAUGUAUAACAGAAAUCAAUUGCAAUGGGGUAAUGCAAAUGAAUGCUUUCUCAGACUCCAACAACCAAGCAUCAGUGAGAUGUGAAGAGGACCUUCAUAAUGCCAAUGACUGCAGCAGUCCCUGUCAGGAACAGCAGGAGAAGGAGGAGAGCUGUACUUGCACCCAAAGUAAUGGUGGCUCAGAGACCAGGAUACAGGAAGCAAUAUCAGAUUCAUGUGUACCAUUAAUUUCAGAGGUUCUGGAUUCAAUGAUAUGCCAGGCAACUUCAAGUGAAGAACAGUAUUUCAAUGAGCAACAGAUCAGUAACUUACAAGAAAGCAUCAGGGCAGAAAUACCUUCAGAGGAUGAGAAUGAGAAUAAUGGAACAUCAGAGAGCAGCAAAGGAAAGUCUGCUGCUGGGAAUUUCCUCCUUAAUCCUCUUGAGCCUGGGAAUGCUGAUAAGCUCAAAGUGAAGAUAGCCGACCUCGGAAAUGCUUGCUGGGUGCAUAAACACUUCACUGAGGACAUUCAGACACGGCAGUACCGAUCCUUGGAAGUACUGAUUGGAGCAGGCUAUAGCACCCCAGCAGAUAUUUGGAGCACAGCCUGUAUGGCCUUUGAACUGGCUACAGGUGAUUAUCUCUUUGAGCCUCACUCUGGUGAAGACUACUCACGGGAUGAAGACCACAUUGCAUUGAUCAUAGAACUUUUGGGGAAAAUACCUCGCAAACUGAUUGUGGCUGGAAAAUACUCCAAGGAGUUUUUCACCAAAAAAGGUGAUCUGAAGCACAUCACCAAAUUGAAGCCAUGGGGUCUCUUUGAAGUUCUGGUGGAGAAAUAUGAGUGGUCCCAAGAUGAGGCAGCUGCAUUCACAGACUUCUUAUUACCAAUGCUGGAGCUGAACCCUGAGAAGAGAGCUACAGCAGCACAGUGUCUCAGGCACCCCUGGCUCAACUCUUAAAAUGCUCCAGCCUGGCACCGUGGCCCUGUAGUUGGGUUUGCAGCAUAAUACAUACACACCUAGAUGGCCUCCUUUUCCCAAGUCAAUUUUUUCCUUGUUGAUUUUCAGAGCAAAGCUUCUCUUUGAGGGCUUUUGAGAUUUUAGAUAAAUCUUAACUGUUCAUGUAAGUUUGUGUACUUGGCUCAGUCAGGACCGUUGUCAGCCAGUGGGUGUCCAAUUUGCUUUGCUAUGGUUGGGGUUUGCCAAAGAGUUUUUACGGAAAUGUGAAAUUACCCCUGACUCUCUUCCUUGCUCAAGUACCUUACCCUGAAAAUGUGGGGAAAUCUCCACUGGGGCAUGCACACUCCCUUAAGUAUAUUGCAGUCAUCCCAAGGGGGAUGUGAAGAGCUGUGAAUCCCUCCUUAGCUCACUGACUCCAGGAGUCAUUUUCCUAGUGCACAUCCAGUUGCUGACAAUAAGAGGAGAAAUAGCAAAUGGCACCAAGGUGGUAGCUCCAUGUGGAGCACUGAACUCUCAAUUCUCUACUCAUUCCUAAGGUCUCUGAUCUGCUGCUUGGGUAAUCUUUUUUUUCCCUCCAGACGUACUUUCCCUCUAGUUUUAGCCAUUAAAUCUUUUGGAGCAGCCUGUAUGAAAUAGAUUUUAGUAUCAUUUUUGUCCCACAGUGUUCUGGAGAGUUUCUGAGUCCUGUAAAGUCAGCUACUGUCCUGUGCUGUAGCACGUGAACUUGAAAUACAUUUUGCAAGGGAGAUGAAAGCAACAGGGAUUGGUAGAAGUAACAGUAUGUGCAGGACAAACUUAAGUAUUUGUUGCCUGUAGAGUUGCAGACAGAUUGCCCCCUGUUUGUAUACCAUAAUGCCUGGGGCAGUACAUGGCAUGCCAGCCAUGCAUUUUGGGACAAUAGGUGCUUGAUGAUUAUGUGGGUUUCUGUCACCCAAACGAGGCCACAAAAGCAGGGGAAUUAACCAGCAUCAGGCAGGCCACUGUUUAUGCACGUCUGCCUUAUGCCUUUAACAGCACUAGGUCAGCCUUGUAUGAAAUUGUAUUUCAGUAGAGAGCGGUUAAUUUUCUUAGACAAAUGAAAUACAUCCCUACCCUUUAACAAUAAGUGUGUGUGUGGAGGGGGGGAAUCGAGGGCUGCCUUUCCUAGUGCUAUAUGUCCAGACUUUCAGCCACCAUAUUUCCCAAGGCUCAUGCUGGCCCUGUUAAGUUGUCUAAGUUGCUGGACUCUUGACAUUUACCUUUCUGAAUAGAAUUCCUUUUCUUCAGUAUGAACACCAGGGUAAAUAAUAUAGGGGAUGGAAUAAUUUCUAUCUUCCCCCUUAGAGACAAAGUGUCAAAGUUUGUUUUCGUUUUUCAGAUCACUGAAAACCAGGUUGCUCAGCAAGACAGAAAUGUAAACUUUAAAACUCCUAAAGAGAGGGGAUUAGUUGUCACUGACUAUUGUAGGCUGUUUUUUUAAGAGAAAAAGGUCAAAGGUUUGUAAUACUUGGUAGUUUUACAAUGAGCAUCUCUUAGGCUUCCCUCAGCUAUAAAAUACCCUCCCUCCUCCUCUAAUGUAAGGUUUGGGAUGAGUGGUACUUCCAGCAGCCCUUCCUUACUAUGGACCAAAUAGGCCUUUGAGAUUAUGAAAAUUCUCCAUGGCUAUCAACUGCUGGAGGCUCAGACUUGCAGGCACUGUGUCAGGCAGUCCACUGCAAAAGCUGCCAGCAGUGUGACACUGUUGUUUUUUUGUGAGUUUUGAAAUCUCAGUUUAUAGUAACCUUAUUUUCCCCCUCUUAAAAAAAAAACCCUGGUUCUUCUUUUUUUUAAAGUGUAACCAUCCUACCCCAUUUCCUUUCUAGUCCAGCCAUGCUGUUGUUUGAUGCCUCACUAGGCCUUUAGCGGAAUCUGUGCUGCAUGUCUAUUUAAGAAAUCUGAAGUAAAGUUCUCUAUGCACAAGGUGAAAAGAAAAGUUUUAAAACCAUAAUGAGUCUCCUGUUAUACGGAGUAUCUUCCUCACUUCCAAAAGCACUUCUGUGCCUAUCUAUAGAGAGAUUUAAGAUGGGACUAGAAUGUAUAAUGCAUACUUUCUCUUUGAAUACUGUGAAGACUUGCUGGCAGGGAGAAUUGAAUUUCUGGUGUCAACACAACCUUGUUUGCUUCAACACCUUGACUACCCAAAUGGAGGAAAAACUCAUUGGAGUGGGGUGUCUGCAUCUCUUAGUUCAAAUACAGGUUCCCCUCCACAGAAGAAGGCUGCUGCUGUCUCUCUUGCACUACAAGAGCAGUUCAGAUUAAUACAAGAGAACUUGGCAAGAUUGCCUAAGUAUUUUGUGCUCACAUCAGGUUCACUCGACUUCCAAAUUGCCAUAAAGUGCUCACUAACAGAUUUGUACUUGUUUUGUUGGCCUAAAACCUGAAGGAAAAUAUACAUUUUUAUUCUUUC